CCCUCCCUCCUUCGACAAAAUCUCCACCGUAUAAAUUCCCUCCUCUUCUUUCUUUUUCACCCCCAUUCCCUUCCUCUUCCCACUCUUCUCUCUCUCUCUCCUCUGCAACUGCAAAUGCAACUCCAUAACCACCGCCACUUCCCCACCCCACUCCCAUCCCACCACCCUUAGCCUCCACACUCCCAACCCCCUAACAAUGGGCAAAGCCUCGAAAUGGUUCCGGAGCAUUCUGGGCCUCAAAAAGCCCAACCCUGCCCACCAAACCACCUCCUCCUCCUCCUCUCCCAAACCACCCACCAAAGACAAACGCCGCUGGAGCUUCGUCAAGUCCUACAGAGAAAAACACCACCAAAACGACGCCGCACCGCUCCAACGCCGCAUGGACUCCUCCACCGACGCAGCCGACCCCAACACACACGCUAUCGCCGUGGCGGCCGCGACAGCCGCUGUGGCCGAAGCAGCAGUAUCCGCUGCUCACGCCGCCGCGGAGGUGGUCCGGCUCACUAGCAGCGGACGGUGCGCCAGAAGCGCCGCAGUGCACGCUAGCGGGAACCGCGUUGGAAUUAGCGAGGAAGAAUUGGCCGCUGUGAAAAUUCAAGCUGCCUUCCGAGGCUGUUUGGCAAGGAGAGCAUUGCGAGCGUUAAAGGGACUGGUGCGACUUCAGGCGUUGGUUAGAGGUCAUAUUGUGAGGAAGUUUUAUGCUGACCGGUUGCAGCGGCUGCAAGCCAUAUUGCGAGCGCAGGCACGAGCUCAAGCACGGCGGGCCCAGAUUUCUGAGCUCUCCCACUCAAGGAUCAAAUCAUCUCAGUUUCACCAACCUGAUCCAGCAACCCCUGAAAAAUUUGAACAUCCUAUCCGAUCAAGGAGUACAAAGCAUGAGCAGUUCUCAACACUCCGGAAAAAUAGCUCCAAGUCCAAUGGAACUACUGAUGAUGAAAAGAAUGACAGGGUCCUCGAAAUCGAUACUGGGAAAUCAUACAUUGCACCUAAACGGAGAAAUCUUUUUCACUCUACUCAUCUUGCUGUGGCCUCAGACCAAUACAGCCAUAGCUUUACCACUUCAAAAGACUCCACAAGCCAUCACACACUUCCCAGUCCAUCGUCUUGUGAGUUACAGUCUUUUAGCCCAUUGAAGCUCUCUCGAGAGGUUGAGGAAGACUCUUUCUGCACUGCCAACUGUAGUCCGCAGUUGUAUUCUGCUUCAUCGCAGGGAGCUACUUCGAAGAGAAGCCCCUUCACUCCUACGAGGAGUGAUGGCUCAAAAAGUUACCUAAGUGGCUAUUCCGAUUACCCAAGUUACAUGGCGUGCACUGAAUCAUCAAAGGCUAAGUUGAGGUCUCUCAGUGCUCCAAAGCAGAGGCCUCACUAUGAUAGGUCUAGCUCAACAAAGAGGUACUCCAUUCACGGCUUUGGUGAGUCGAGAUCAAUUACACAACGGACAUCUGCCUUGCACGCUAACUUUGCAAAUAAAGCCUACCCGGGAUCUGGUCGCUUGGACAAGCUUGGGAUGCCGGUAGGUUACAGAUACUGAUAUGGCACUCUUCGGGCGGGGGUCUUUCGCCAUCCAUUGUAAUUUUGAAUCUAAUUUGGCUAACUGAUGUAGUAGUAAACUACUUUUAAUGUCCGAGGAAUGUUUAGAGUUGUAUUAGCGCAGGGCAUAUGUAUUUGUAGGGUGGGCACGGUUUGGUUUGGCCUGGUACCACCCUCAAAAUGGAACCAAAACAGGAAAAUUUUAACGGUUCGGUUUGGUGUGUUUUCGUUUAAUUUAUUACUAAAAUCAUACAGUUUGGUUCA